AUUAAUCGCCUGCGUUCCCACUUAGCUUAUGCGUCUCUUCGCAUUCACGGCCUAGAGGCUUAGAGUACCAACCCAGUCCCAAAAACCCCAACCAUGCCGCGGCCACGCGCUCCGGCUUCCGCCGCCGACUUGGUCGCCGCCAAGCUCGCCGCCCAAGGAAUCAGCGCCCAUCAGGUUGACCCCGACUACCUCAGCCACCUCCAGCACCUCCACCCCAACGGCGAUUCCUCCGCCGACUUGGUCGCCGCCAGGCUCGCCGCCCAAGGAAUCAGCGCCCAUCAGGUCGACCCCGACUACCUCAGCCACCUCCAGCACCUCCACCCCGACGGCGAUUCCUCCGCCGACUUGGUCGCCGCCAAGCUCGCCGCCCAAGGAAUCAGCGCCUAUCAGGUCGACCCCGACUACCUCAGCCACCUCCAGCACCUUCACCCCGGCGGCCAUUCCUCCGCCCUCGAGCGCCCUGCCCGCGGCCGUCCCGGCACCCCUCCCCACGCAAACAAGUGCGAGCAGCCCGAGGAUGGCGAAGCCCGAAGCGCCCCCCUCCCCUCCCCAGCCCCGGAAGGAGGCGACCGCCCGGUGGAGGAGAAGAAACUCCCCGCGGAGAUCCCUGGGAACGAAACCGCGGACAUGGAUGAGCACUACAGCACAUUCUGGAGGCACACGCGGGUGGUUGACGACAUGCUGGUGUUCGAGAUGGACGGCGAGGUUCUCAGCUACGGACAGGUGGACAGGGCUGCUGGGACAGACAAGAAGGAUGGGGAGGAAGCGGCUGCCUGGGCUGCUUCAGGGGAGAACGGCGGCGGCGUUAGGAAGGAGAAGGGGAAGGGGAAGAGGAAGGUGGGCAGGCCUGCGCUGAAGGCUCGUGUGCACGAUUCCCCUCCGCAUUGGCAAAAGGGCCGGAAGGAGAAGAAAGGAGCAAAAAAUGGUGGUAAGAAGAUCAAAGUGAUGGAGGAAGAAGAAGAUCAAGGUAGAGGAGUUAAAAAUCGUGCUCAGAAGAACAAGUCUCGUAUGCGCGAUUAUUCCCCUGCGCAUCGGCAGAAGAGUAAGGGAGAGAAGGACGGAGGAGAAAAUGGUGCUGAGAAGAUCAAGGAGGAGGAGGAAGAGGAGAAGGUGCCAGUGAUUAGCACGGGUAGGCCUCCGCUGAACGCUCGUGUUCUCGAUUCCCCUGCGCAUUGGCAACAGGGUUGGAAGGAGAAGAAGGGGGUGAAAAAUGGUGCUAAGAAGAUCAAGUUGGAGGAUGAUGAAGAGAAGCCGUCGAGGGGCCUGCCUGUGAAAACACUGAAUACUGUGAACAGAGAAAGGAAUUCAAGACAUGAUGCUGAGCCUCACGUUGCUUCGGGCUUAGAUGGUGUUGUAUGGCCUACACAUAUCAUGGAGAGGCCAGAUUCAGAAUUCAAGGAAAGGUUGAUCCGUGUUCUCCGCAAACCAUUUAGCCAGGGAGAAUACGAUAUGCUGCUUGGCAAUGCUAGAAUUCGCCUUCCGGCAACAAAGAAAAGGCAGACGCGCAGCGGUGUGAAGUACUACGACUCUACACAUGAAAGGGUGCAAUCAUAUUUUGAUUGUCACCCAGAUCUUGCGAAACAAGUACGUGUAGAAAGCACCAGCAAACCCAAUCAGCUAGCUCUGUUGCGUGGAUUUUUCUUCUGGAUGGAGAAUAUUACGAAUGAGGACCAAUUCAGGCCAUGGAGUGACGAUUUCAAACUUUACAAGAUCAUGGAAUGAGAAACUGAGGUUUUCCCGUGGUAUUGUUAUUUGUCAGCGCAACUCGUAGAAGUGAUGCUACGAGAAACUAGUAGUCUAUCUUGGUACUCAGUCACGACCCUGUUUGCUCAGCAUCUCUUUCAGAUAGAAGGUUUAUGGACGGCAAGAUGUUGUCUGACAGACAAUGUAUUGUUUUGUAGUAUAAUGUGCAUCAAGUGCGUAGAUACAACCCGUCAGCUAGCAUAGUUGUAUGUAUCUAUUUCACAUCAGGGAUCUGGCUGCUGUUGAAUUUGACGCGGGGUUUGCCCAUGCUGAAGUUGA